CUAACUUAGCUCCGGUCGUUAAAAUGGCGAGCUGAAAAAAAAAAAAGAGGAAAUUCUACAAGGAAUAUACUCGAAAAUAAAAACGCGGUGAUAUUUCCUGUUCCUCGUAUUUUCUCUUUUUUCUCAAAUUCCUACUUCUUGAAAAAUACCUCACUUUUUCUUUUUCUACACCUUUUGAUUCAUGGGGCCAUCCCCCCUUUGAAUCUUUCCGAAUUUCAUUUUUAGGGUUUCUCUGAAAACAAUAUCUUUUUCUCCUUCGCUUUUCUUCUCUCUUUCUCUCUGCUUCCUCUGCUUUCUGUUGGAUGGCGGUUCUGUCACUGGAUUCAUUGCCGUUGGGAUUCCGAUUCCGGCCGACGGAUGAGGAAUUGAUUGAUUACUAUUUACGGUUGAAGAUCAAUGGGAAUGAUAAUCAGGUGAGGGUUAUUCGGGAGAUCGAUGUGUGUAAGAGGGAGCCGUGGGAUUUGCCGGACUUGUCGGCGAUUAAGACGCAGGAUCCGGAGUGGUUCUUUUUCUGUCCACUGGACCGGAAGUAUCCGAAUGGGAGUAGGCUUAACAGAGCUACUGAGGCUGGGUACUGGAAGGCGACGGGGAAAGAUCGGAGGAUUAAGUCAGGGAGUAACUUGAUUGGGAUGAAGAAGACUCUCGUUUUCUACGCCGGACGCGCUCCCAGGGGGAAGAGGACCAAUUGGGUUAUGCAUGAGUACCGCACUACUCUUGAAGAGCUCGAUGGCACCAAGCCCGGACAGAGUGCAUUUGUAAUUUGCCGUUUAUUUAAGAAAGGUGAGAUCAUUGAAGGUGUAAACAGUGAUGAAGUUGAACCUGAUUUAUCUCCUACCACGGCCAAUUAUGAAGAUAUGCAGUCCAUGUUGGAAACAACUCAGGAAUCUCUGAUAUUGGAAGAGCAGGUUGAAAAGAAUCAAGCAGGGGUUAAUGCUUGUUUGGAUGAUUCAUCAAAGAAACCUAUUUCUGAGACUGCACCACCCAUUCAGUGCAACAGCUGUUACGCUAAUGAUGCAGAAUGUCUGGCGGGAGAAGUUAUGCCUACAGAGGUGGAUCUUCUGCACGCAGAUGAUGAGGUUGUGUUUUAUGAAAAUUUAUCACUGGAGCCGCUUGAUUAUAGAAUUCUUUCCCCAUUGCACUCACAGCUACAAGUGGAGCUGGGAUCUUCUUGCAUGUUAUAUCCAGGUGACAACAAUGAUGGUGCUCUGGAGUUUCCAUUUGGCACAAAUGAAUCAGAUGCCUAUGCAUCCGAUUUCUUGGAUUCUGUACUCAGAAAUUCAGCUGAGCCUUCUGGUGAUGCAUGUGGUGGUCAGAAAAAUCCAACCAUUGAAAAUGAGACCGUCAAUGAUGCAGCUUUUGUAGAUGUAGCCCAAGGAUUGCUUGAUCCAGAGUUGUCUGUUGACAAAGAGGCUCAAGUAGAGAUGAAAGCACCAGCACAACCUUGCUCAUUUAUGGCUGUUUACUCAUCUGUCACAGACCAAUCACAUAAUGUCUUGAACAGUACUCAGAAAACCAGCAAUUCUGUAAAUACCAGCAGUGGCAUUGACAAUGUGACAGCUGGUAUCACAAUUAGGGCUCGACAUCCUCAAAAUCAACCACAGACUAAGAACAUUGUGACUCAUGGUCUGGCAUCAAAAAGAAUACGUCUGCAGUGUAAACUUGCGAUACGGCCAGCUUAUAGUGGAAAGGCAUCAAGUGAUUGUAGCUGUGAAGAUGAAAAUCAUGUAUCAAAACCAAACAUAACAAAGGAGAUAAGAGCUGUAGAAGAGGAUGAUGCUGUUGCUGGUGGUGGUGAUGCUGCUGCUGCUAGUACUGCCACAGAUAAACCUCAGGUAACAUCCCUCUCUGAGUUAACUGAAAGGAGUAUCUUAACAUCGAGCAGCAAUAAUUCCAUGCACAAAGAGAAAGAUAUAACAUCCCAGUUCUCAAAGGCAAUUGCAGCACAUCGUACAAAUCAGUCAUUCAGCGUUAUGUUUAGGGUAGCUGUGAUCUUAGUCUUGUUAAUUGUGUUGGUUACUAUGUGGAAUGUCUUGUAAUGUUAACCUGCUAUCAUGUGCUUUAUCCCUGUAUAUUUUUGCGCUUAAUACAGUUUUAAGGGCCUACUAGUUAGGACUGUGGCUGAGGUUUUUUUUUUUUUUUUCGGCAGUUGUUUGUUAGGUUAACAUUUAAUAAUUUAUGGUCAUUGGU